UAAAUCAGCUGUAAUUUUUAUUAAAACUGCAUCUUUACUUUAAGACUUUUUUAGUUUGAUAAAUUUGAUUUCACAAAGCACUUAUUUACCGAGUUAUUAAUGCUGAUUUAUUGCAAAUUCAUUUUAGACCAAUAUGGAGUGGUGAUCCUAUAAACCGCAUAGUAAACUCGCAAUAUAGCCAAUAUACAUAAAAGAGUUAAAAACCUCUGAGGUUGUUUGUAAAAGGCAAAAAUAAAAAAAAAAACAAUUUUCCGAUACUCAUUCAAUUACCAAUACCUUAUUUUGACCACUUGCUAAUAUUAAAUUAAUUGAAUAAGAGCCAUAAUAUUUAUUUACGAGUAGAUAACUCAUGAAGAUAAGACUAUUUGAGCUGUCAAAAGCGCCAUGUAAACGACUAAUUACAAAAAUAUCACAAAAUAUCAAAGGUGUGUAUAUAUGGACAUAUGACAGUUCUUAAAUCCACACUGAAACCAACAACUGCAACGCAAACAAACCUAUAAGAGAAGAAAUAUGCUCACAUACUGCCAAGCAGUACAAACAAACCAAACCUCAGGCCACAGCAAAUGGUAAUUAAAAUCAACUCAAACUGAUACAAAUCGCUUGUAAAUACGACAAGGAACGAAAGUAAAUGUAAACAGAAAGCAUGAGUAAAAAUAUACACAUAUAAAAGUAAUACAGCUAGAUUUAUGCUAUAAAUAAAAAUAAAAGUCAGUUCAGCAAAGAUCCCAUCACAAGGCAAUUCUCAAAGCUCCAUUUGCUGCCGUAGCGUAAAGGUCGAGUUAGCCCCAAUCGAAAAUGCAUAAACAAAUAUCAUCACAUACUAAAACAGCCGAAAACAAAAAAAUAUGCACCAAAGCUAACCACAUAACCCUCCUCUAAUGCCAUCAAACGAUUACGACAAGCCGCUUGAAACAUUGACACACAAGAACACUUGGCGCUUAGCUCGAUAAGCGAUUUUCGAUUGCGCUCAACAAUUCAAUUAAGGCAAUUGAAAGGCAUAUCUACGCACAGCCAAAAAUAUAGAAAUCGAUAUGACUGCAAGCACCUUAGCCUUAACUUGACAACGUGACAAAAGCUGUCCCAAUACACCGACGCCAACGAUACAGAGUGAGUGGGGUCGAAGAAAAAAUCUUGUAAAUAUAUAUGUAUGUAUGUGUGUAUGUAUGUAGCAUGACCAAAGACGUUUAACGGAUGCCGCGAAAAAAAUUACGCUAAUUGGCCAGAUGAAAGCACGACACAGCACUAUAGAGACCGCCGAGCUGUAAAAAAAAAACAAACCUUCGCGAAGAAGGGAAAAAAUAAGCGCAGCCGAAAUGUAUGCAAUGCAGAGAGUGUAAACAAAAGCAACGUGUAGGCACCCGCGACUCUAUCUGCUAGUAAGCUGUACUAAGAAUGUAAGUGAAGGAAUGGGCUUGGGGGACACAAUUAGCAAAUCGUUACAUCAAGGCUUACAGUUGAAUGAUUAUAUGUAAAUUGGAUUAAAGCGAUGCAAUUAUUUAAGGCAAUUAAAAAUAAACAAACUAAAGCUGCGUACGUGUGUCGGCCGCUCUCACAGAAGAAUGAGAGCAAAUAGUAUGUGGUGGUAGAUUUGAGUGAGAGCAUGAACUCAUAUGCAAGUCCCAUAUGCUACAGCCGAAGCAUGCACUCAAAAACUCAAAAUAAACAAAGAUAAGCGUAUAUUUAGGCGCAAAAGCAUGAGUAGCAAAAGCGAGUUGACAGUUCAGAAGUUAAAGAAAUAGUUCAGCAAACUGAAAGCUAAAAGGAAAAUGAUGCAAUUUUUGGUUUUCCCCAGGACAAGAAUCACUUAAAUAAUAUUGUUAAAUAUUUAUUUAUAAAAAAAAUUUAAAACUAAAUAAUUUGCUGCUGAUAAACUUUCUCAUUAAAUCAAAUAAUCAAGUUCAAAAGUUUAUUUCAUUAUUAAACCUUCUAACCAUAAUUUACAGUUAUAAGCCUAUUAAGGGCUACAGAAAGAGUAAGAAAAAUAACAAUAAAGCAUCAAAACACCAACGACAUUCAUAUUAUAAUUUUCCACGCUCUUAACUCUCAAAUAUUUUCUUAUGCACUCUGCUCAGAAUCACUCAUAUCUGUUGCUCUCCCACUCGCCACCCAUGUCGGCAUCGGCUCUCUGUUUACAUACAAGAGCAGUCGUCAGCCGCAAGCACAUUGCCACAUAGCGGCAAACUGCAGUUAAUCCCACAAAUUGGUCCAAAAUAUGGAAAUUUACACUCGUGCAAAUAUAGACUUUUGGGAAUGAAAUGGGUAGCGUGGCUGCUCAGCACAAGGUUUGGGAGUGAAAUGCAUGAGUUUAUAUUUAUGGAUGUGUGUUUGUGUACUGUCGACGUUUGGCAUUUUGGAAACCAAAAGAGACACCAAUUAUAACAGUGAAAUAUGCGUACUCAAAUACGGACAUACAUACAUACACGCUCACACAACAUAAAAGGACGAAAGGCAGUACGAAUGACAGCCGACCGACCGACCGACCGACCGAGCGACAGCUGAACGACUGCAUGCAUGAUGAUGAUCAACUACACUGCCGGUCAACCAGCCCACCAUACAGCCAGCAAGCUUGCUUGCUUGCCUGUACGCCUGAAUGUAUGCUUCACUCGAUGAGCUAUAAAUACGCGCGCGCAAUUACGGCUAUAAAUCAGUUUAAAUGGUAUUUCGAACGCGUGCGGACUAAAAACAGUGCUGUAAUAAUAACAAUACGUAAUACACAACUAAUUGGCCAAUUAAAAUUUACAUCGAAUAUUGUAUAAAUACUCAAGAAAAUAUUUUUCCUACGCACGUCUUUUCGGAUUUUAACAACUCCCGCGCACACAAAUAGUAGUAUUGCUGUUGCCUGUGGUGCGUGUGUGUAAAAAUGUUCACCAAUUGGCUAACGGGUACGACUGGCUCGAAUAGUGGCACUAUUAACGGUAAUUGCGACACGCCAACGGCCGGUGGCAACGGUAAUGCAAAUCCAGAGUCCGCUACACUACCAGUUGGUAACGUCGCCGCGGCUGCUGCUGCUGCCGCCGCAGCUUCUGGGUCUGUGGCGUCUAGCAUUAUGUCCACACCACCUGAUGUCGUGCUCGAAGUAGGUCCCGCUGGACCGACCAGUGUACGCUUUGUAGCGCACAGCAUUGUGUUGGGCAUGCACAGCGGCUAUUUACGCUCUGCCAUACGGCUAGAUGAGAAUGCGACCAUUGUUGGCGCGGGCAACGAGCUUGUUUUAUAUCUGGGCAAUGUGACCGCCGAGCAAUUUGGGCCGUUGCUCACAUAUAUGUACACCGGGUAUUUAGAUUUGAAUAUGGACAAUAUUUUUGGUGUGCUACUAGCCACACAUGUGCUGCAUAUGCCGCGUGCAUUAGAAAUUUGCCGUUCCUUUUUAGCACGAGCUCAAUCCGAAGGUUAUUUAGCCAGCAAUCCAUUGACUGCCCAGUUAGCAGGUGCUGCAAACUCAAAUUCUAAGAUCAUACGCCCCAUACCCAGUAAGGCUACUCUGCCUAAUUUCGGUUUUAUACCGCUCGCAACAACGCAUCAGCUUCCACAGCCACAAACUGCUGUGGCGUCCAAUAGCAGCGAAAACUUCAAGCAGUUGCCGCAGGCAUACGAAACCGAGCCAACACUGGCUAUGCGCACUCGCUGUAUUGGGAUAUUGCGUCCACCGAGCAGCUUAGAAAUCGACAUUGACCGUACAUCGCCUAUGCAACAUACGGAUGCUGACGACGAUGACGAAGACGUUGAAGUCUUUAUCGACAACAACACAGAGUCUGAUGCAGACGCUGAACUUGACUGUGCCAUUUCUGUGACUUCGCACUCCUCGCAGCGCGAUGGAGACACGGUCGACAGCAAGCAUGAGCAACGUGACAACAAGGAGGAACAUGAAAUUAUCUUAACUAUCGCUGAAGCACCAGUGACGCUAGCUAAAGCGCGUUCCGAACGAGACAAAGAAAUAGCGCGAACUGCUCGUAACAAGUCGACAACAGCAGUGAACGACGGAAUAUCCGUACACAAUACAAGCAAACGUGAUCGACGUAGGCCAACGCGUACACAUCACAAGUCGGGAGGUUCGCGCGCGUCUGGCCUACAAGUUGCCAAAGCUCCCAUACCAGCUUCGCAACUAGAUAAUAAUGAAAGCUCUAAAGUAAUCAUUGAUGUCGCAAGUUGUGAUGGUCCCGUGCGUUUCAGACGCAUCCUCAACACAGCAUAUGGUCACAAGCCGGAGGACUACGCUGUAAUGCCGGAGCGCACACAACAAAGUGUAUCUCUCUCCUUCCAUCAACAAAUGGCAAAAGCGAUCAGUCAUCACCGGCAACUCGCCACAGCCAAUGAAGAGUCCGAAAAUAGUGAGUCCAGCGGCGGUGGUGGCAACACUAUGAGCGGUGCUGGUGGUGGCUCUGCCAAUGGCAAGCACAAUAAGAACGCUGGCAACGAAAUUUAUGUGUGUGUCUAUUGUAAGCACACAUUUAAGUCGCAAUAUUGCUACCAGAAGCACGCCAAGCGGCAUCUCAAUCCGCUCAGUCUCAAUUGUGCGGCGGCCGCCAAUCUCGCUGCAGCUACAGAUAUAGUCGAAAAAGCAACAACAGCAGCUAAGUCUGCGCCAAAUGCUGGCGGUAGUUAUGAUUUAUCAAGUAGCGCUGGUAUUCCAACACCAAUCUUGACAAGCAAACAAAGCGCGUGCGAAUUGCUACGCCGUGAAGUGCGUCCGCUGGACAUGAACGUGCAAUACUACCCGUGUAAGACAUGUGGCAGCAAAUUUCCCAGCUAUUACUUCGUCCACAAACACCGGAAGAUGUGCCAUGCCGAGGAGGAGGCCGCAGCGGCGGCCGAGGCGGCGAACAAACGCGAAAACGGUACGGGAAAUGGCGCUACAGGAAACGGACGUGAAAGCAAGCGUGAAAAAUCAUCAGAAGAACCUAUGGAUUAAUAUCAAUGCAUGGCUAGAGAUUCGCGGAAAAACAUUUAAUUACGAGAAUGGCAGUUGAUUCCAAAUCAGGAGCAAAAUUGGUUGUUUGCAGUAGUUUGUAAAACAAUUUUAAUGAUAAAGCAAAUACUUAGCAAAAGAUCACAACAAAAAAAAAAAACAAAUAAGUACGAACACACGAAUUUAAUUACCAAUUUAAUUAAUCUCAAAUGUAAAUAAACUUAAUUCAGCACAAAUUAAAUAAAAAAACGAAAGAUAUGUAGAAAAAGCACUGAAAAACUGAGGGAAGAAAAACAAACAAAGAAGAAAUAAAGAAUAAUGAAAAAUCCAGCAAUUUCUUGUUAUUUACAUUUGAGGUAACCAUCUAACAGCUAGUAUGUCAAAAAAAGAAAGGUGAGGGGUGUCCAUUUGCAACCAAG